GGGUACACCCUGGACUGGUGGCCAGCCAAUCACAGGGCACAUAUAGACAAACAACCAUUCACACUCACACCUAUGGACAAUUUGGAGUCGCUAAUUAACCUAGCAUGUUUUUGGAAUGUGGGAGGAAACCGGAGUACCCGGAGAAAACCCACUCAUGCACGGGGAGAACAUGCAAACUCCACAUAAAGAUGGCCGGGGGUGGGAUUGAACUCGGGUCUCCUAGCUGUGAGGUCUGCUUGCUAACCACUCGUCAACCAUUCAUUCAUUCGUUCGUUUUCUACCGCUUAUCCUCACGAGGGUCGCGGGGGGUGGAGCUGGAGCCUAUCCCAGCUGUCUUCAGGCGAGAGGUGGGGUACACCCUGGACUGGUUGCCAGCCAAUCACAGGGCACAUAUAGACAAACAACCAUUCACACUCACAUUCAUACCUAUGGACAAUUUGGAGUCGCCAAUUAACCUAGCAUGUUUUUGGAAUGUGGGAGGAAACCGGAGUACCCGGAGAAAACCCACGCAUGCACGGGGAGAACAUGCAAACUCCACACAGAGAUGGCCGAGGGUGGAAUUGAACUCGGGUCUCCUCGCUGUGAGGUCUGCGCGCUAACCACUCGACCGACGUGCAGCCUAUAUUAUUAUAUGUACUUUUUUCGAAAAUAAAAACAUGAAUUUCUUUACUUUAUUUGCCUUUUAUUUAACCUUCAAAUCAACACACAGAGAUGGUGGAAUUGAACCUUGGUCUCCUUAGCUGUGAGGUCUGCGCCCUAACCACUCAUCCACCGUACCGCCUAUGUUACUAUUUCCUGAUUUUAAAAAAAUGCUAACUCGUUGAGCCCCGCCCACUUGUUGCACACAAGCACUUUGCAUCUUCUAAAAAUAGACACAACUAAAGCCUCUUAAGUUCAGACCACAUAAGUUGCUUUCCCUGAGAGCCAACAAAUCCCCGAGCAUAGUGGCACUUGCUGGGAAGAGUGGCAGCAGGUGAAGGAUGCUUGGGGUUGGGGGGGUACUGUCGUGUGCCUGGAAAAUGUAGACGAGUAAAGCAGCGCCCCGUGUUUUAAUGGAGGCGGUCGGGCCGCCGCCAUGAGUGAGUCGCUGGUGGAGGAGUUAGUGGCCAACACGACCUACCUCAGCGCUCGGAAGAUUGACCACAAUGCAUUGCGAAAGGAGCGACUCUCUUUGAGCCUCCCUCAGCCGAGAAGCUGCUCGGCUCUGCGGCAGGUCGUAGGAAUGCAGUACGAUUCGCUUUGUGAGCAGCAGCCCAUCGGCAGGAAGUUAUUCCGGCAGUUUCUCACCUCCGACCCCCAGUACUCUGCUGCAUUUGAUUUCCUGGAAGAGCUGGGAAGAUUGAGUUUUCUUGAAGACGACACAAGAGCAAAAGCCGAGCAGAACCUUCUCGCAAAGUUCUGUCAGCCUGAGUCCAAGACUUUUCUCUCUUUCGUCACGGUCGAGGGUACAGAUUCAUGCAAGCUCUCACCAGCCAAGUUCUUGGACGAUGCCAUGGUGGGCAAGAUGAGAGAAGCCCUCAGAGACUUCCUGAGAGGGAAACCUUUCUGCGAGUACCUGAGGAGCCCGUUUUUUUACAGGUUUCUGCAGUGGAAGGAGUUUGAGAGACAGAAGAUUACUGACAAAUACUUUUACCAGUUCCGGACUUUGGGUAAAGGAGGUUUUGGUGAGGUGUGUGCCGUGCAGGUGAAAACAUCCGGACAUAUGUACGCCUGCAAAAAGCUGGAUAAGCGAUGUUUGAAGAAGAAAGGUGGCGAGAGGUUGGCCCUGCAGGAGAAGAGGAUCCUGGAGAAGGUUAACAGUCUUUUCAUUGUGAACCUGGCCUACGCCUAUGACAACGACACCCACUUGUGCCUGGUCAUGGACCUGAUGAACGGAGGAGACCUCAGGUUCCACAUCUACGAGCUCGGAGAUCGGGGUAUCCGUAUUGACCGUGUGGUUUACUACGCAGCUCAGAUGACCGUGGGAAUCCUCCACCUGCACUCUAUGAGUAUUGUGUAUCGGGACUUGAAGCCGGAAAACGUGCUACUCGACGCUCACGGCCAAUGUCGACUCUCUGACCUCGGAUUGGCGGUCGAGCUGCCAAAGGGGAAAACCAUAUGCCAAACGGCUGGGACGACCGGCUACAUGGCUCCUGAGAUUCUGAGGCAGCAGUACUACAACACAUCCGUGGACUGGUGGGCGCUGGGCUGCAGCAUCUACGAGAUGGUGGCCGCUCGCCUGCCGUUUCGAGACUUCCGCGAAAAGGUGCAGAAGAGUGAAGUGACCCGCCGGACUUUGGAAGAUGAGUGCAAGUUUGAUGCGAAGAAAUUUGACUCCCCAACGACAAACCUCAUUCGUGGCUUCCUUAAGAAGAAGUUGGAACAACGUCUUGGGUGCCGAGGCGAUGACCCACGAGAGCACCCUUUUUUCCAUAGCAUUAACUUCCAGCGUCUGGAAGCGGGUCUGCUGGAGCCCCCCUGGGUGCCAAAACACGACGUGGUCUACACCAAAGACGCUGACAACUUCAAGGACACGUCGGAAAUCCUGGACAUUGAAUUUGAUGCCAAGGAUGAGAAACUGUUCAAGGAGUUCAGCACCGGCGCCGUGUCCAUCACGUGGCAGAAGGAGAUUAUUGACAGCGGCCUAUUCGAUGAACUCAACAGGCCUGAGAUGAAGGAUCAUGUGACGGGAUGGAAAUCAAACAUGUGUGUUGUUUUGUAAGUGUCCCCAUUUUACAGUAUAUGUAGACAAAACUUGAAUACUUGAACUGAUUUGGCCUUAAAUGUCCUGGAUCCGACUUGUGAAAAACAAUAAGUGCCUCAAAUGACAUAAAUUAAUCAGUUGUUUUGAUUUUAUGCUGUACUCAUAACUAGCAUAACACGCCUUUUCCGUGCGGUGGCAAAAACUACGUACUGUAUCCGCUACGUCACGUAGGCUAUGCUAAUCGAUGCCAGCGUGUUUGAUCACUCCCCGAUCAAACUUAACUCCGCUCGAGUAGUCUUGCAACUUUGUUUACACGCUUUGCCGAGCGGUCACUGGCUGUACUUUGCACUAGCUAGCUAGCUAGCUAGCUAGUGUUAUCCUCUUAGCUUCUGGUUUUUCGGGAUCCAAAUGUGACUUUUUACCACUGUGAUUUUUUUUUUUUUUUUUUUUUUUAACAAACAAGCAAACGUGUUAGUUUGGAGCUUGAUUUUGUCCCAAAAAUGUCCCACUUGUACUAACUCUCUUGUUGUUGUUAUUACCUCUGUUGUUUAUCUGUUUGUGUUCCAAAUUACUUGAAAAGUUCUGAAUGAAUUUGGAUGACAUUUUCAGGAAUUGUUGGAAUUUUGGUAUGGUAGAACAGAUCAAAUUUUUUGGGCGUGUUUCGGAUCACCGUCUGGAUCCAGGAAUUUUUAAAAGGGUUCUUUGACAAUUCGAAAUCAAAGAAAUUGCGGAAUUUGCACAUGCUAAUGUAUAACACCACAAAAAUUGUCACACCAAAUACAGAAUACAAGUUUCCAACAGGUUUUUACAAAUUAUCAACCACUAAUUCACAAUAGGGCUGCACUGUGAUCGAGUGGUUAGCAUGCAGACCUCACAACUGGUGGCCAGCCAAUCACAGGCCACAUAUAGACAAACAACCAUUCACACUCACAUUCAUACCUAUGGACAAUUUGGAGUCGCUAAUUAACCUAGCAUGCUUUUGGAAUGGGCGGCACAGUGGUCGAGUGGUUAGCAUGCAAACCUCACAGCUAGGAGACCAGGGUUCAAUUCCACUCUCGGCCAUCUCUGUGUGGAGUUUGCAUGUUCUCCCCGUGCAUGCGUGGGUUUUCUCCGGGUACUCCGGUUUCCUCCCACAUUCCAAAAACAUGCUAGGUUAAUUAGCGACUCCAAAUUGUCCAUAGGUAUGAAUGUGAGUGUGAAUGGUUGUUUGACUAUAUGUGCCCUGUGAUUGGCUGGCCGUAAAGCGGUAGAAAAUGAAUGAAUGAAUAAUCCACAAUAUGAAUAAAAUUUGAAUUUUCAUCAUAGAAAAGAAAACAUCAAAAGGAAUUGCCCAACCUGACCAAUAGCAAUCAUCAUAAUUAAAUAAAAAAAAUUGCCAUUAAUCCGUGAUCGGUAUCUGUAUUGACCGAUCUCAUGAAUGGAUGUAUUGGAAUCGGCCAACCCUGAUUGGAGCGUCCCUAUCAUAACAAAGUAUGACUCUUGUUGGUUACAGCGUGAAAACCUGCUGGGAAACAUGUGUUGUGUACUUUGGCCUCUUUGUGUUAACACAGUCAUAGUUUCCAUGACGUCAUUCCUCUUUAUUUGGUGUUAACGUAUAAACAAGCUACUGCAUGGCUUUUUACGGUAGUCCAAUUGUGGUCAUUCGCAAUCAUGCAAUUCAAUUUUCACCACUAGAUGCCGCCAGACACCAAACAAAAAUAAUACACUCCUUUGGCGCUAUACUGAAAAUGAUAAGCAUCUCAUUUUCAAGGAGACAGUUUGUGAUGAAAAAUACCAAAUAAUUCCAUAUUCUUGUGUUAUGCAACAAUAUGCCAACUAAUUACAACUUUUAGUGCAGUAUUUAUUUCUUAAGGAUUUGACACAAACUGUAGUGCCACCUUGAAUGCUACUUCCUGGUUCUUUAUUGUCAUGAUUGACUUGCCUGUACUGUAUGUCUAUAACUGUUUAUGUAAUAUUUCAAUGUCAUUCUGAUCUAUGAAAAACUAGAUCAUAUAUUUGGAGAAUUUAAUUUUGUCUUGUUGUAGACAAAAGCAUACUGAAAGUUUA